GAUCCAACCCACGUUUCAGCCUGGACGCCUGCCUGGACAAAGCUCGCCAGCACGGAUUCUUAGUGGACGAAGAUCGACCCGAGUGUGUGGCAGCCAAAGCAAAGGCAAAGGAGCUGGUGACCCUUCUGAAGAAGGAGAAGCUGUCUGAGAUCAAAUCCCAGCUCCUGCCCCUUCAAGGAAAACUGUGGCACCAGUGGUGCAAAAAGGACAAAGAACUCACUCGCUUGCAGGAGAAGGGGAACAGGAGCAUCGAGCGCCAUAGGAGUCAAAUUGAAUCUGAUAAGGCAGCAAUAAGAAGAAAGCAACAAGAGCGAGCUUCCCCGCUCAACCAGCUGAUGAAACCAUUCCUUGGCUUUCUCCAGUCACAGCCAGCAGAUACCAAGAAAUACUUCCUGCAGUGGAUGAAGGUCUUUAUGGAUGACCUGUCCUCCGGUCGCCUUGAGGAACUGAGGAGAGACUAUCACAAGUUAUGGUCUGAAAUCCUGGAAAAAAAGAAAAGCAAGGGAAAAACCAAUCCAAACCCUGAGUUGCUGAGUAGGUUGGAGGCCCUCUCUGAUGAAAUCAACGAUUCAUCUGUUGGCCUGGAGCAUCUGUUGAGAGAGGUAGGGCAGAUCUAUGAAGCUCUGCACUUAAGGAACUCAAAGAAUGAAAAUGUUGUCAAACUGUCCCAAAUGGCAGCAGAGCUGAUGGUUUCGGGGUAUCCUGUGGAGCUGAUGGAUGGGGAUGCUUCUUACCUGCCCCUGCGCUGGGUGGGAGCAAUCUUUGACAGCCUCAUUGAGAGGCUGGGGGACAAACGAGUGUUUGUUCUCUCUGUGCUCGGCCUGCAGAGCACAGGGAAGUCAACCCUGCUGAAUGCCAUGUUUGGGCUGCAGUUCAAUGUCAGCGCGGGGAGAUGCACCCGGGGAGCGUUUAUGCAGCUC